AUGGUUAGGUUUGUACCAUGGAAUGUUCCAUUAUAUAGAAGGUUAGAAACUAUGGCAGUUGCAAUUUAUGCAAUGGUAUUACCAGUAUGUUUAAUAAUGGCAUUCAAUUUAAUAGUGAUACCAUUGUUUUGGGGUAUUGCAAUACCUUAUUUAGUUUGGAUGUUUUAUUUCGAUACAAAACAUGAAAGUGGUGGUAGACGUGUAAGUUUAGUUAGAAAUUCAAUACUGUGGCGUUACUUUAGAGAUUAUUUCCCAAUCUCUUUAAUUAUCAAUUCAAAUUAUGAUCCAAAAAAGAAUUACAUCUUUGCCUAUCAUCCACAUGGUAUCAUUAGUAUUGGUGCUUUUUGUAAUUUCGCUACAAAUGCUAAUAAUAUUGACGAAAAAUUACCUGGUUUAAAAGUACAUUUAUUAACAUUAGAAUCAAAUUUUAAAAUACCAUUUUUAAGAGAUGUUUUAAUGAGUUUUGGUAUGUCAUCAGUUUCAAAGAAAAGUUGUGAAAAUAUUUUAAAUUCAGGAGCUGGUGAAUCAAUUUGUUUGGUAGUUGGUGGAGCAGAGGAAUCACUAGACGCCCGUCCUGGGCUUAAUGAAAUUACAUUGAAAAAGAGAAAAGGUUUCAUUAAAUUAGCAUUGGUAAAUGGUGCAUCAUUAGUACCAGUUUAUUCAUUUGGUGAAAAUGAUAUCUAUGAUCAAGUACCAAAUCCACGUGGUUCAUUAGUUAGAAAGAUUCAAACUAAAAUCAAAGAUCUAACUGGUAUCGCACCACCAUUAUUCAUGGGUAGAGGAAUUUUUAAUUAUGAUUUUGGUUUAUUACCAGUUAGACAUAAAAUCGUUACUGUUGUUGGCGAACCAAUUGAUAUACCAAAGAUUAAAUCACCUACUGAUCAAGUUAUUGAACAUUAUCAUCAAAUUUAUGUUGAAGCACUUCAAAAUUUAUUUGACAAACACAAAAAUUCUUGUGCUGAUAAAGAAACUGGAAAUUUAAAAAUAAAUUAA